AUGAGCAAAGCCUGUACAUUCUAUCAAAAACAUGGUUUUGUGAAAGGUGAAAUCCAUCGUUUUUCACUCGAUGGAUUAAAUGUUGAAAAACCUAUACAAUACAAAGAACAUUUCUGGGAAAUUCUUCCAAAGCCGUUUAUUUUCAAACCUCAAGAUAUAAUACCCGAAGAAGAUCAACAACGCAUGAAAUUACCACCAGCGAACUCGAAAUAUUGCUAUGAACAACAUUUCUUUCUUGAAUUGUAA